CGACCCACGGUCUUACACUAGCAUUUAAAACCCCACCAAACAUCGCAAUCCCGUGUGCCCCCAAAACCGCCUUCACGCUCCCAAAAUCACCGAUAUCCCUUCCUUGUGCUUCCCGUUUCCUCUCCCCACCGACUCACCUCCAAGCCCCCGAUCCGACCAUGGCGAGAGCCUUCCUCCUUCUAGCCGUCCUUGCCGCGGCAGUCGCGGCGGGCGCCAGCGCGGCGGGCAUCGGCGGCGGCGGCGGCGGCCGCCGCGGACACGGGACGUUGUUCGGCGGGUGGAGGCCCAUCCCGGACGUGAGCGAGCCGCGCAUCCAGGAGCUGGGCGGCUGGGCGGUGGCGCAGCACGCGAGGCUGGCGACGGACCGGCUACGGUUCCUCCGGGUCACCCGCGGCGAGCAGCAGGUGGUGGCCGGGAUGAACUACCGCCUCUUCGUCGACGCGCAGGACGCCGCCGGGAGGAGCGCGCCCUACGUCGCCGUCGUCUACGAGCAGUCCUGGACCAACACCCGCAAGCUCACCUCCUUCGACCCGGCCGCCAACUGAUCCGGGUCUCGGAUGUAACGUAUGUUCCCAUGGAUCUGCUGCGGCAUCUGCUCGUCCCAUGCAGUAGACUACUCCAUAUAUGCUUCUGAAACGUCCGCUUUUGCCCAUCAGUCGUGUUAAUCGAUCCUGACUUGUUGUCUCGAACGUUACUAGAACUAAAUAAAAUUGUAGAAUGUGGAUGGGUUCUUCCGCGUCUUGUUGAUUUGCUGGCUGAGGUGGUUUUAUUAUGUGCACUUCUCGUUUCUGGAACAGAAUACUGUAGGUAAUUUGGAUUCCCCUGGACCUGGAGGAGCUGCUUUUAGAGGUUUGUGUACAUUGUGGCAGCAAGCCUGCAAAAGAUUAGUUUAUCAAAUUAUAUUUCAAUUGGUACAAGCUCACCUAAGGAUAUAUUCAGAUUUGAUGUCCUCCUGUACUGUACUUGUAUGUACUCUGUAUCAAUUUUCUAGUUUACCGGGCCGGAGCUGUCUUUUGGGGCUCAAUCGAAGCUUAAUUUGGGCA